AUGUCCCACAUCGAGAAGGCCGAAACUGCGACCGUCUACGCCAACGGCACCACCGCCCAGCCCCAGUACUACCGCAAGCUGGGCAACCCCGGGCCUCUCGGCCUGUAUGGCUUCGCGAGCACGACGUUCAUCCUCUCGAUGUACAACGUCUCGGCGCGCGGGAUUGCGACGCCCAACGUCGUCGUCGGCAUGGCCCUCUUCGUCGGCGGUCUCGCCCAGUUCCUCGCUGGCAUGUGGGAGUUCGCCUGUGCCAACUCGUUCGGCGCCACUGCGUUCACGAUGUACGGCGGCUUCUGGAUGUCGUUCGCGACCGUCUUCAUCCCCGGCUCGGGCGUGACCGCGGCGUAUGCCACCGAGGAGGAGCUGCUCUCGGCGCUCGGCAUCUACCUCAUCACCUGGUUCAUCGUCACCUUCCUCCUCCUCAUCGCCUCCUUGAGGAGGAACAUCGGCCUCAUCGCGCUCUUCUUCUUCCUCACCGUCACUUUCGGCCUUCUCGCUGGCGGUUACUUCUCUGCAGACCACAUGCCAGAGCUGAUCAAGGCGGGAGGUUCGAUGGGGAUUGUCACCGCGCUGAUCGCGUUCUAUGUCGGCACCGCCGAGCUCCUCUCUGACCCCGUCAACUCGUGGUUCGCGCUCCCGCUCGGGCCGAUUCCCAAGGGCCGCAUCGAUUAG